AUGGAGAAGAAAGCAUCAGUGGAGGACAUCCCCAUUUCCAAAGAGGAUGCCAGCACUGGCACCUCUCUCCCCUACCGGGAGACCCAGCGCGGUCUCGCCUCACGCCAUGUGCAAUUGAUGGCGAUUGGGGGUUCGAUUGGAACCGGACUCUUCGUCGGAAUUGGCUCAUACCUGCGCGAUGCUGGCCCUCUUUCAUUGUUCCUGGGCUAUCUGAUCUGGGGCUGUCUAUUCAUCUUACCCGUGAACCUGAGCGUCGGAGAAAUGUGUGCCUACCUACCUAUUCGAGGAUCGAUCUUCGAACUCGCUGCACGGUUCAUUGACCCUGCUUUUGGCUUCGCCAUGGGAUGGGUCUACUUCUAUGGCGGCGUCAUGCUAGUCUGUACCGAAUAUGCCGCCGUCGCUACCGUCAUGCAAUACUGGAACACCAGCGUCAAUCCCGCGGUCUGGGUAGCCAUGGCCCUCAUCGUCUGCACAUGUCUCAAUCUCGUCGCAGUCAAAUACUACGGCGAAGCGGAAUUCAUCAUGGCCUCCACAAAGAUCCUCCUACUCAUUGGUCUGGUCAUGCUCACGUUCAUCACAAUGGUAGGUGGCAAUCCCAAGCACGACGUCUACGGCUUCCGUAACUGGACCCACGGAGUAAUGUACGAAUACUACACCGACGGCGCGACAGGACGCUUCCUCGGCUUCUUCUCCGUCAUGGUCUACGCAGCCUUCUCCGUCGCAGGACCAGACCUGCCCGCCCUCGCCGCCGGCGAAAUCCAAAACCCGCGCAAGACAAUCCCGCGCGUCGUCAAGGCGACCUUCUGGCGCAUUGUCGGCUUCUACGUCAUCGGCGUCCUAGCCGUAGGAAUAAUCUGCAGCCCACGCGAUCCCCGCCUCAUAUCCGCCAUCGACGACGCGGCCGCCGGCUCCGCCGCUUCACCGUGGGUAAUCGGCAUCCAGAACCUCGACAUCCAGGGUCUGCCGGACCUAAUCAAUCUCCUGAUCCUGCUAUCAGGCUGGUCAUGCGGGAACGCCUACCUGUACAGUUCGAGCCGCACGCUAUACUCUCUCGCGCGCGAUGGGCAAGCACCUAAAUUCCUGCUCAAGUGCACCAAGUCGGGGAUCCCGAUUAAUUGCGUUUUCACGGUUACGCUGUUGUCGUGUAUUACCUUCCUUGUUGCGGAUACUUCGUCCGUGACGGUCUUCUUCUGGUUCGUUGAUUUGACUACUAUCGCCUUCGUGCUUACAUACACCAGCAUGCUGUGCGUGUUCAUCGCCUGGUACCGCGCGCUGAAAGCGCAGGGUAUCGACCGCAAGGCUUUUGUGCCCUGGGUCGCCCCGGCCCAGCCAUACAUGGCCAUUGUCGCGAUUGUGAUUGGCUGCCUGACGGCGCUGUUCAACGGGUUCUCGGUCUUCAAGCCGUUCACGAUCGAGGGAUUUGUCACUGCGUAUUUCGGAAUGGCGUUUUGGGCGGUGAUGUUUGUAUUCUGGAAGGUGUUUCACCGGACGAAGUUUGUUAGGCCCGUGGACGCGGACUUGGUCUCGGGGAAGGCGGAGAUCGAUGAGGAGUGCAAGAUCUGGGAGGAUGGGGAGUGGGAGGAGAGGCGGAAAGUGGAGUUGGCGCAGAUGAACUGGGCGCGGCGGAUGUGGGAAAAGAUGUGGUAA